AUGUCUAUAAUAUAUGGUUUAGUAGCAAGAGACAAAACUGUUUUGGCUGAAUACACAGAAUUUGGUGGCAAUUUUUCAAAUAUUACUAGAUUACUUCUUGAAAUUAUACCUUCUCAUUCAUCAAGAAAGUCAUAUAUAUAUGAUGAUUAUGUUUUUCACCAACUUAUGAAAAAUGGAAUAACAUUUAUGACUAUGACAGAUAAAGAAUUGGGUUUUUUAACACCUUACGCUUUUCUAGAAGAAAUAUCAAAAAUAUUUUUUAAAAAGUUUAAAAAUACGUCUGAUUUAAUUACUUUGUCAUUAGAUGAGCAAUUUAAACCUGUAUUAAAAGAAAAUAUGAGAAUAUUUAAUGAAUAUGAAUCUAAUGAUGUUCAUAAUAUAAAAAACCAAAUUAACAAUAUACAAAAUAUUAUAAUUGAAAAUAUUGAAAAAAUAUUAGAAAGAAGAGAAAAAAUUGAUAUACUAGUUAAUAAAAGCGAAAAAUUAAAUCAGGAAAAUAUAAGUUUUAGGAGGCAAGCUAUGAGCCUAAAUUUUUAUAUGUGGUUAGAAAACAACAAAUUAUGUAUUUACUUAAUUUCAAGUAUAGCAAUAUUUAUUUUUUUUAUAUGGUCAUUUUAUAAUGUAUAA